GGAGUGAAGAAAAGAGACCAUAAUAAUUAAAACAAAAAAUAUAUAUAUCAUAAAUUAUAACAUUCACAGCAAGAAACAAAACAAAACAUGGAGAUGAAGCAGAAACGAAGUUUAUAAGCAAUAAAUAAGCUUUUAAAUCAAUUUAAUAUAUAAUUUUUGAAAUAUUGCUAAAAAUCGUACAACACAAAACCCAUUUGCACAAUAAAAUAUUUAAAACUUAAGCAAAAUAGUAACAGCAGCGCUGAAUUUGUGAAAUUAUUACAAUUACUUACAAGUAAUGUGAAUUAACUACUAUGCCAAUUUUUUGUAAAACUGAGUAUUCACCAACACAAGCGUCAAUAAAAAAAAUACAUACAAAUAUAGUCGACCCGUCACCUCUACCACUUCACGUCCCACUGUCGAUCCAACUAAAUUGAGCCUAUCCACCACCCCGUUGCCGCUUACCAUGUCCACAUACACCCCUUUCUCGAAGCGUUCGCACCAGGAUGAUCAUGAUGAACCGCAAUUGUCCUUUGUCUCACUGAAUCUCGAUCAUGAUCUUGAGAGCGGUGAAGAGGAGCCGAAGAACGAUGAACACGAACAAGAACAUGACCAUGACAGUUUCGAUGCUGAGGAUGAAGAGGAGGAUGACAAGAAGCGUACACUGCCCGUUUACGACAACAGCAAUAACAGUUUGCAUGCACACAACAACAAAGAAUUGGUAGAAGAGCACGCCGUACAAGCUGCACACCAGGAUGCCCAACAAGAAGCUGUCGAAGAGGAGGAUGAUGAUGCCACCAACGAUGAGAACAUUUCGGCAUCGUCGCAUGAGGAAAGCGUCGAUGAUGUGGACACGAAGAGCAAUACUGUAGGCGAAGAUCAAUUGAAGACCCUUCCUGUGCCGGCUAUUGCUUCGCCCGCCGAAGUGCCUACCGUUGAAGUGCGUCUCAAGCAAAUCUCGCAAGAAAUCGAAAAAAUGGCUGCCGCCAAUAAUGACAAUCAACGUCAUAAUAAUGCGGCAACAGGUGUAUUGCAUCAUGACAACAACGAUGUCGAUCGACAAUCGUUCCUCUCGCUCACCGAUCUUAUACGCACACUACGUCCGAACAAUAAACAAAUCAUACCACAAAUCGAUUCGGAUUACUCAAAUGCCAUGCGAGUGCUGGGCGAAACAUCUGAGGUGGUCAAUAAUGAGGACACACACAAGUUCUACGACAAAGAUAUGCAUUAAGGAGAAAGUGUGAGAAAGGGAUGGAGAGAGCAAGAUGGAGGGACAGAGAGAAAAGAAAAUAAAGAGAAAUGAGGAAGCAAAGAGUGAGAUGUAGAGGAAUUAUCGAGCGAUAAAGCAAAGAAGGGCACGACCAAAGUAGGUCGUGAGCGAGGAAAGGCGUGAGCAGUAGCAGAGCGAAAACGGAAAUCUUUUAAUACUACUUUUAACUACAACUAAUUAUAUGUAGAUCUUACGAUCUACAUGUAUGCGGUAAAAACUUGAAUGAAUAUUAUAUUUCAUUGGAAAGAAAUUAAGGAAAAAAAAUUAUAAGCUUUAAUCUCUAUCUAAGUAACUGUUAAUCUUUAAAAGAACAUUUUAAAGUAACUAUUAAUCUUAAAAAGGAAAAAAACCCAUCCUAACUAAAAUUACAUAGAAAUUUUGUGUGCGCAAUAAAUAAAAAAUUUAUGUAGUAUUUUUAUGUUUCAUGAAAAUAUUUUUUAUAAUCAGCCUGUAAAGUAUUUAAACAUUGUACGCCUCGGCAGGCUGGCAGAAUUGCCUGUAUAGCUGACUGCCUCAGAGUAGUAGUACGCGAGUAACAAAUUCGUUGAGAUAGUUUCGCGCACUCUUUCACUCACGUAGUAUAUUUGCCGAGAUGUGCGAGUACUUUCGUGGCGUUUGUAGUACUAUUAAUAAUGAAAAAUUUAAUUAUAAUUUAGUAUGCGCUUGCGAAGACAAUUACUUAGUACGAGUACUGAACUUUGGGAAAAUCUAUUUUAAAUUAUAAUACAUUACACAUAUACAUACACAUAUCGUAUUUUUUCAUUAAUAAAUACUAAAAAAAACCAACAAUUUAGUUUGAGUAUUUACGAAAUAUCUUGUAUGUAAUAUGUACUAUACAAUUUAAAUAGUUGCACUAUAGAAAGUAUGUAUGUACCACAAUCGAUUGCUAUCAGCUAAAAUUAAGUUAAUAAUGUCAUGUAUGUGUACUAUUUGGAAAAUGCACAAUCACACCAAAUGCAUCAAUAAAAAUAUACAGAAAACUAUAAAA